AUGACCAUGAUUGCGCCCCUUUUCAACGGAAUUAGUCAAGUUAUUUUGUCCCACAAGGCUCCCUCCCUCUUUCUGAUUCCAUUUUCUUCUUUCCUUUUGACUCAUACCAAGAACGCUUCGACGUACUCGAACACAAAGCUUUGUGUUUCUUGUUCACGAUUCCCACCAGCUCGAUCGUACCACUCUGCUACCUGCCUAGCUCUAGCCACUACACCUACCGCAGCUCCAUUUCUACAAACACUACGAUCUACCUCCUCCGCGUCAAGAUUCCCCCGACAGAAGCGAUUCUUCUCCCGCACUGCCGCCGUCAAGAUGUCGGACGAGGAUUACCUCGCCUUUUUGAACAAGGCCAACGCUUCUUCGUCUACUACCACCCAAGCCGCGAGUAGUAGUGAUAAACAGCACUUUAAACUUGUCGACCCCGGUGUGGAGGUUCCGGAGAAGCUGAAACAGGCGGUUGAAGGAAAGGUUUAUACGGCUGCGUCGUCGGAGGCGGAAAGCCCGUGUGAGGUUGUGGCGUUGAGGUUGGAGGGUGAUGGGGGCUUGCCGGAUGAGGAGGAGUUUGCGAGGAUGAUUGGGCAUACUGAUCCCAAGGGGGCAAAGGUGGAGAUCAAAGAUCCGGUGGAUUGGGAUCCGGAGGGGGGGAAUAAUGAGGUUUUGGAGGCGGUUAGGGAGGUUGGGAAGGGGGGGGAUGUGAGGGUUUAUGAGGUUGGGGGGGAUGAGAGGGGGGUGAGGGUUUGUUACUUUUUGGUGACUGCGGUGGGGGGGAAGGUUUUGGGGGUUGUGGGGGAGGGGAUUUUUACUUGA